AUGUACCCAUCACGGGUUCUAGGCUUAAGCAAAAACCAAAAGCCGCCGCCUCUUCUCAGCCAGGUCGGCAAGGAAUCCGCCAAGAAGCCCACCUUUAAGCAGCUCAAGAUUCCCAAGGCCUUUGACGACCCACCGGUAUCUAGCGACGAGGAUGACGACCAGGGAACGCCCAUCAAGGCCCAGGAAUCAUCUAGCUCAGCUAAGCGUUCCAAUGAGGACGCCGAUCUCGACGCUUUGUUGCGCAGCUCUGGCAGCUCCGGUGACGAAAGGGCCACCCGAGGUGGCAUUCGCCGCACAUCAUUUCGGGGGAAAACAGGAAACGCGAAGAGGAAAAGCGACGACGAUGACCCUGACAGUUCGCAAGGCGCUGAUCAUAUAACUUCCACAUCCGCUUCCACCAAGAGACGGAGGGUGAAUGGCAAGGGCACGACAUACGGGGGCGGCAGUGGCCACUCGCAGGCGCCAGCCAGCUCGGCAGAGCAUUUGCAGGACGAGCGAGGCUUCACCAAGGUCAGGGCCUCCAAGGCUACAUACGGGAAGAAAAAGUCGUCGUCCCAGUCACAGACAGACAAAGAGGAAGUCAAGAAAGUGGCCAAGUUGAAGUUGCACGUACCAGAGCCUUUGGUCAGCCCUGAAAAGCCCAAGGCAGGAAAACUACGAGCUCCCAGCGGCUCGCCACCUCCGCCGUCGACGGAGUCCUCGUUGAAACUUACGCAAGGAAGCGGCGACGAAAAGUUGAAGACGAUCGUCUCUCCCCCACGCAGGAAGCAGGUUUUCAAGACCGUCAACUCGAUAGAAUCGUUGUUGUCCGCCAAGCAGAAGAAACCAAGGCUGCGAGCAAAGAAGCACGCCGUGGCGGCCAGGUCCCCCUCUCCGCCCCCGGCCGUUUUCAAGAUGCCCACCUCCUUCUCUCAGUUCAAAGUCCAGGCAGGCGAGGGUGGCGAGGGUCACUUGCCUGGCAUAGACUCGGACUCGGACGAUAGCAUAGCCAUCGUCGAGAAGGCUGACACCGAGGCCGAGGCUGAUGCAGCUGCGACGACGUGCCCAUGGUGCGGCGAGCCUGUCGACAAGGCGGCGCUGAACGACUUCUCCAAGGGCAAGCGGAUGAAUGUCCGGCAACAGACAAAGUUUUGUCAGAAACACAGAAAGCAGACGGCCCUCGAGACGUGGCAAGCCAAGGGUUACCCCGACGUACAGUGGCACGACCUCACCGAGCGCUUCGCAAAGCACCGGGGUCACCUCCUCGGAAUUGUCAACGGCAAUGCCUCGCACUACCGCUCCAUCCUGGCAGAUCGCAUCGCCUCUGGGCAGGCCCGCUCCCUGCGCAAGGAGGACAACCUGAAUCCGGGGUACUACGGCCCACGGGGGUUCAACCUCAUGUGCGACUAUCUCGUCGGCGAGUUCAGCGACCUGCUCAAGACGCGCGCCGUCGACGACCGGGUCAUCGCCGGGCGCGGCUCCGCGGCGUUUAUACAGGCGGUGCUGGUGGCGGAGCUAGCUGUGCGGCUCGUCGAGGAUGACAUGGGGGUUGGCGAGGAGGAAGCUAGACGGAUCAUGGAGGAGAGUAAGACGAUUGGCGAACUGGUCCACGAGGAGCAGUGA